AUGUCUUGGGCAGGUCCAAACGGUAAUAACAAUCCUUGGGGUCGCCCAGGUGGCCCUCAAGGCCUCUGGAGCUUCAUCCACUCCCUCGACCCCAAUAUGCGCGCCGGCGCCGGUGUAGACCACUCCACUGGCCCCGGUCCCUGGGCAAACUUCCCCCCAGGCUUCCCCUUCCACGGUGCCGAACACCCUUUUGGCGGCGGCCCCGGUGGCCCUGGCGGCUGGGGAGGCCCCUACGGCGGUUGGGGUGAUUUCCGCGGUGGAUUCGGUGGUCGUCGCCGCGGUGGCGGUCGAUGCGGCGGCAGAGGUCACCACGGACGGCGCGGCGACAUGAACGACGGCGAGGGCGAGGUCGUCGACGAGACCAUGCGCAACGCAGACGAUACCCCCGAAGAGGGCGACUUCUCCGACAAGGAAAAGGACGACUCCCCCGAUACCAUGCGUGACGGCCCCAACGAAGACGGCCCCGAGCACGCAGGUCACCCCCAUCCCCACCCUCACCACCACCAUGGCCCCGGCCGCCGCGGCGGUCCAGGCCGCGGAGGUCGCGGAGGUCGCUUCGGCGGUGGACCCCCCGGCGGCGGAUCCGAUCCCUGGGGCGCGCGCCACAGCAGACACGGCCACCACGGCCACCGGGGCCCACCACCUCCCCCCGGUCCCCCGCCCCCCUUCGGCGCACCGCACCCGCCUCCACCUCCUCCCCCGCCCUACGGCCACAACCCAGCCGGCACCUUUGAUUUCGCAAACUGGCAAGAGUGGCUGAACCAGUUCGCCGACCACCCCUUUGCCCAACAAGUCCGCGACUGGGCCACCCGCUUCGGCGGCCUCAACAACAACGCCGCCGGCACCCGCGAUGGUGGUGCGGCCGCCGACAACGACAACGCCGACAUGGACUCGGCAUUCACGCCCCCCGUCGACAUCUUCUCCACGGACCGCGCCUAUGUGCUGCACUUUGCCCUCCCCGGCGCCAAGAAGGAGGACGUCGGCGUGAACUGGGACGCCGACAGGGGCGAGCUACGCGUCGCGGGCGUGGUGUACCGGCCCGGCGACGAGGACUUCCUGGCGACUUUGGCGUCCGGGGAGCGGAGGAUCGGAAUGUUCAGCCGGUCUGUGCCGCUGCCGCCUCGUACGCGUCAGAAUGCUCCUGCUGCCUCGGAGAGAGGGGAGGAGAUUGACGCGCUGGCUAUCACGGCCAAGAUGGAGGAUGGAAUUUUGGUGGUGACUGUGCCCAAGGUUGAGAAGGAGUGGACUGAGAUCCACAAGGUUGAUAUCGAGUAG